UUGCAGUGCUGUUGACAAGGGUGCUACUGUCUUUACAGAGCGAUGGCGUUCAGUUCUCACUCUGCCCUUCAACGAAAAUGUCAUUGUGAAAAGGAUAAAAUGAAUCAAGGCAGCAUCCUUUACCACAUCUUAAACCACAAGAGACAUCAACAUCUACCCACCUGCAGCUGCAAGCACGAAUCCAAACAGAAGGUAGCACUGGGCUCGCCUUAUGUUGCCUAUAAGGCUGCUUCUGAAGUUCUGCUGAAGACAGUGAACUUUAUUAAAAACCUGCCCUCUUUUCGGGGUCUGCUGCAGCCAGACCAGCUGCUGUUGCUGGAGAACUGCUGGGCUGCCCUUUUCAUGCUGGGCUUGGCUCAGGAAGGUGUGGAUUUUGAAGUGAUUGAACCAUCAAAGACAAGCAUCCUGAAAGAAAUUCUAACUAACCAGAAAGGAAAAGGCACCGAUGAGAAAACGAGCUCUGAGCCGUCUGCUGCAGAAGUACAGAAAGUGAAAUCAUUCCUCACCAAGUGCUGGAGCAUAGAUAUCAGCACUAAGGAGUAUGUGUACUUGAAGGGAAUAGUUUUAUUCAGCCCAG